CAAUUUUGCUGCUACUUUGAUAUUUUGCAUCAAUGUUUUCACUUGUUUAUUAUUUUGGAUAGCAAAACGUUUGAUAGAUACAUCCAAACUGUAAAUCAAGUAUGGAAUUAUACCGGAAGUACCCUGUUUUAAUCACUAUAUGGGCUCUCAUGGAAAAUCUCCUGUUCGCGGGUGUAAUAUUCGGAUGGGGUUCACUAGUGUUUAUUCUCAAGGAGGAAGGAUUCUAUUUUGACUAUUGUACACAAAGCGAUUUUUUCAACCAAAAUAAUUCUACACUUCUAGAAACAACUUCUGCUGUGAAUGUAUCAAACUCGCUGUCGGACAGGGACACAGUUUUGUCUAAUAUUAGCAAGGCGGACGAAGUGACCAGCAAGGAUUGUCCGGCUCAAGAAUCAAAAUUAAACCUGUGGUAUUCUAUAGCUACAAGUGCCAUGAACCUAACAUAUGCAGCGAUUGCAUACUUGCAGAAGCGUUUUGGCACACGAAUAACACGUGCAGUAUUUGUAUCUGUCUACUUGAUCGGAACUCUGUGUAUGGCCUUUGCUACUCCAGAAUUGCCAUGGUUACUUUUGCCUGGACUAUUAGGGAUUGGAAUAGGAGGAAUGACGGUGUCGUGCACAAACAUACAGGUAUCGUUUCUUCAUCCACGUCUACGGUCAACAAUUGUUGCCUUAUUCAUAGGGCUGUUUGACUUCUCCUCGAUCAACAAACAGCUAAUAAGGAUUGCAUAUGAAAAUGGCAUCCCGAGACGAACGUCCUAUAUCUUUAUGUCUGUUGUGUUUGCUGUGAUAACCAGUAUCAGCACAAUGCUCUUCCUACCAAAGAUGUUUAUUGGUGACGUCUACCUAGAAGAGAUGGAGAGAAGCCAAAAACUGUCGAAGUGUAAUGAUGAUAAGAAGGUGGAACAAGCGGAAAACCAAGACGAACUUCCGAAAUCGCAAGAGCAGGAACUUGUUGAAAAUAGCAGCAGUGUGGACCUUGAAGUGUCACCUGAAUCCUCUAAACUGUCCUUUUGUUCGACUGUUUUCUCCAUAACGUGCAUGCUACACAUCUACUGGACAUUUGUUCAUGCAAUAAGAAUGUUUACGUUCAUAGGACAGAUAAAUGUCUGGCUUGAAAACGUCUUCGACUAUGAUGAAACGAAAGUUGGAGAUAUGCUAUCAAGUUUCUCCUAUAUAACUAUGGCAGCGAUUGGCACUGCGCUUUUUUGUGGGUUUGUUUAUGACUAUCAACGUAAACGCUAUGCAGGUUCUGGUGAGAUUAAACGCGUCUAUCUUCCAGUAGUAUUGCCGAUGGGAUUGGUCUUCUUCUACUCUACAGGCACUACAGUGUUUUGCCUCAUCAAAAAUGAUGUCACCCCAUAUUUUGCAUUUGUCUUGUUCACCUUCUUCAGAACGUCACUGUAUGCCGUUGCAUUUGCCUUUUUAGAAAAUGCGUUUUCAGCAGAUUACUUUGGCAACUUGAUGGGCAUUUUGCUAUUUGUUACCGGGUUAGGCGGUUUAAUCCAAUAUCCACUCUUCAAGUGGUAUGAGGCUUACGAUGGAUCCUAUUUACAUGUAAACAUUUUCCUUCUCGUACUUCAAGUGUCUACGGUAAUGCAUCUAGUUCUGUUAUAUAUAAAGGGCUGCCGGGAUAAAGGCACUGUUCACAUCAAUGUAUGUAGUCACGAGAUGAAAAGCAAUAAUGCUCUACAGGCGACAUGAAUGUCUGCA